UGUUUUGGGAUUUAGCUUGGUUUCAUGGGCACCCGGCGAAUUCUAGCGUUCGUUCGGAACUGCGACAUGACGAAAUUACACUAGUGGACAACGGCAAGAUGUCCUCCUGUAGUGGCUCGUACGGCAGUUACUGUUGUGUACAGUGGUGCCAAAACAAUGGAAGAACGAGAAAGAAGCCCGGCACCAGUUUUUUUCGUAUCCCACAGGACAGCAGGUCGACGGCAUGGGUGGCAUAUUCCCGCAGAGCCGACCUUAUGGAAAAGCCGGCAGGUGUGUUGUACAAGUCAUACAGGAUAUGCAGCGACCAUUUCACUGCAAAAGAUUUCCUGGACCCAGGUCGCACGCGACUCAUUAGAACAGCUGUACCUACAGUUUCCUCAGCUUUUGCAGAUGCUGCCGAUGUACCAUCUGUUGGAUUCGCUGUUACAUCGCAUCAAAACACCGUUCCAGAGGACCAUCUGGAAAAGUCUACUAUAGGCAUCAGCACUAUGUUUGAAGACCCUGCUUUGCAAGGCUGCAGCCGUCCUGCAAGUGAGGAACAAGCUGGUGAGGACGUCCUACAUAAGACAUGCGAGCAAGGCUCCCUCAUGACGGCAAGCCAUGCUGCUAAAGCAAGCCUACAACAGAUGUCUGGCUGCAACACCCCUGUGAGCGAGCUAGGUGCAACGACCUCCCAGGUGGAUAUGUUUGGCAGCAGUUCUACCGAGGAUGAGCGUUGUGCUGUUGAUGAUGCCAUUUCCGAGGUGUCCCCAAGCGCCAACAUUUUCGAUUCAGCUGAAAGACCAGUAGGAAACUAUCCCGUUGCUUGGAAGAGCGCAGUGAGGAGCUCUCCGUCAACAAAAUUUAGGGCGACCGUCCGGCGACUGCAGUCCAAGCUAGCAAGAUGCCAGCGGUCAAACGGUUGCAGAAGAAGCAGAGCAAGCUACCGCCAUCCAUUUCGAAGGCACUGGGCAUUAUUAGUCCAUCAGUGACAGAGGAGGUUUUUAAGCUUUUGUGUACACACCUGCGAUUGCAGCAGAGGGGAAAAGGCAAGCGCUUCCCUAUCUGGCUCAAAAAGUUUGCCUUGCAUUUGAACUUCCGUGGACCCCGUGCAUACCGUUUUUUGGCACCAAUUUUCUCUUUGCCAACACAGCGUACUCUGAGACGCUGGUUGUGCAACUUUAGGAUGUCACCAGGAGUGAUUCCCGGAAUUAUUCAAAGUAUUUCUGCUAGCACUCACGCAUGGAAUGAGCGCGACCGAGUAUGCACCCUCAUGUUUGAUGAAAUAGCUUUGAAAAAGAACUUAUCCUAUGAUGCCGGUGAAGAUAUUGUGCAUGGGUUUGCAGAUGAUGGCAUCGAGCGGUCAUCAAGUAUUGCCGACAGAGCCAUGGUUGUGCUUCUGGCAGGUAUAUCUAAGAGGUGGGUUCAGCCAGUCGCAUUUACGAUAGGGCAUGUAUUGACAUGGGCAAAUGUUAUUGAUAAAUUACUAAUCUCGAUUA